GGGCGAGACGGGGAGCGGUGACAGCAGCGGCGGGGCCCCCCCCGCCUUUUCGCCGCGGGCUCCGGGCCGGGAAGCAGCAGCAGCAGCAGCAGAGGCGGCAGCGGAGGCGGUGACCGGCGGAUCUGCAGCAGCUUCCCUGAAGUCAGCCAUGUUCUCCAAGCUCACCCACCCUCAGAGCCUUGCUGCUCUCUGUCGAGGUGCUCAGGCUUCCCUGAGUUCUGCUGCCUCAGUUGCUCCAAAGAAAACCCUUCAGGGCUCUGCCUCCUCUGAAUACAUAUUUGAACGUGAGGCUAAAUAUGGUGCCCACAACUACCACCCCCUGCCUGUGGCUCUGGAAAGAGGAAAAGGUGUUUAUGUGUGGGAUGUUGAAGGUAGAAAGUAUUUUGACUUUCUGAGUGCUUACAGUGCUGUUAAUCAAGGCCACUGUCACCCAAAGAUAGUGGAUGCUCUGAAAGCUCAGUCUGAAAAGCUGACCCUCACAUCCAGAGCAUUCUACAAUGAUGUCCUUGGGGAAUAUGAGGAGCUUGUUGCCAAAAUGUUCAAUUAUAACAAAGUUCUUCCCAUGAACACAGGAGUGGAAGCUGGAGAAACUGCCUGUAAAUUGGCUCGGAAAUGGGCAUACACUGUGAAAGGAGUUCCAAAAUACAAAGCCAAAAUUAUUUUUGCAGCUGGCAACUUCUGGGGCAGAACCAUGUCUGCUAUCUCCAGCUCUACUGACCCAUCCAGCUAUGAUGGGUUUGGACCCUUUAUGCCAGGCUUUGAACUGAUUCCAUACAAUGACCUACCAGCCCUUGAGCGGGCCCUUCAAGAUCCCAACGUUGCAGCUUUCAUGGUUGAACCAAUCCAGGGUGAAGCAGGUGUGGUUGUCCCUGACACAGGUUAUCUCACAGGAGUGAGGGACCUCUGCACAAAACACAAUGUUCUCUUUAUUGCUGAUGAAAUCCAGACUGGUUUAGCCAGAACAGGGAAGAUGCUUGCUGUUGACCAUGAAAAUGUGAGGCCUGAUAUAAUUCUUCUUGGAAAGGCCCUUUCUGGUGGUUUGUAUCCUGUCUCUGCAGUUCUCUGUGAUGAUGAAAUUAUGCUGACCAUUAAGCCUGGUGAACAUGGAUCUACAUAUGGAGGGAACCCACUGGCUUGUCGAGUUGCCAUGGCAGCACUGGAGGUAAUUGAAGAGGAAGAGUUGGCUAAAAAUGCAGAAAUAAUGGGUAACAUACUAAGAAAUGAGCUCAUGAAGACCCCAUCUAAUAUUGUAACUUCUGUGAGAGGAAAAGGACUACUAAAUGCCAUUGUAAUUCGGGAAACCAAAGACUAUGAUGCCUGGAAGGUGUGUUUGAGGCUCCGGGACAAUGGGCUUCUGGCCAAACCGACGCACGGGGACAUCAUUCGGCUGGCACCCCCCCUGGUGAUCAAGGAGGAUGAAAUCAGAGAGUGCAUUGAAAUCAUUCACAAAACCAUCCUGUCUUUCUGAACACAGAGCUUUUGAAAGUCUUCCUGCUGACUGACCCAAGGUGGUGUGCUGAAAUCUGUGUGGUGAAGGCCUGCUCUUUGAAGGAAGCAUCUCUCAUCCUUUUUAUCUCAGAAGACUUAACUCCUAAGCUGUAGCUGUGUCUUGAAAGUAGAAUGGCUCUGAAGAAAAAAAAUGAUUUUAAAGAGCUUCCAAUCUGGGAAUACUUGGAGAUAAAGUAGUGAGGUUCUGCUCUUCUAGUUGUGUACCUACUCAACAGGGAAGUCAAAAUGUUUGAGGGGAGGUGUCUGUAGAAAUCUGCUAAUUGUUGGAAGUCUUAGCCAAAGUCUAAAGUCUAAUUUAUAUAUAUAUUAGUAAGGGUGGUCUUGCACUCUCAAAUGACUCUCCAAAAUACCACCUUUGGCUUUUUUUGUCCCUAGAUAAGUGUCUGUAGGAUGCAAGCACUUGUCAUUAUGGCUGAAUUUCUGUUUCUCAUUUGUAGCUAGGAAAACCUUCAAAUGCUGAAGGUUUGACAGAGUGGGUGUUGUGCUGGUGAGCCUGAAAAGCAUUGAGCUCUGUUCUGUAUGUCAAAUAUUUUGAUUGUAUGACAAGAGAUGCUGUUUUCAAGCCUGGUCCCAGUGUUUGGCUUUGCAAUCUUGUAAACCAGAUCAAAGCAUAUAGAUCUGCUUUUACCCUUAUCAAACUUUUGAUAAUCUGGAUGCUGAUAUUGAAACCUGCCUUGCAUUAAAAAAAAAAAAUAAUAAAUAUAUUCAUGUGCAACUAUAAUCCACAGUUGUAUUCAUAAAGAGUAAAACUUGCAGCUGCCUCUGCCCAAAGCCACAGCAAA